AUGGGAUUUUAUCAGGACAUAUCUACAGGAUAUUCAGAGGAAGUAGCACAACACCUUAAAAAAUGGAGUUCACAGAGGGGCAAGUUGGCGUCGGCUUAUAAUAGACGUAUAUUUUUAUCAGAAUGUAAGAGACAAGUCCUCAACAGCGAUAAGGGUUCCGUAACAGUGAUAAUAGAACGCGAAACUUACAAACAAAAAAUGUAUGAAAUAGUAAAUUCAGAGAGUUUUCGAACACUCCGAAAAGAUCCAACUUUAACAUUGCAAACUAAAAGUAAUAAUUAUAUCAAAAAGUUACAAGACCUAAAUAUUCUGAGUGCAGAAAGGGCAAAAGCUCUGAAAUCCUAUAAUUCAGUUUGUCCUAAAAUCUAUGGCAAUCCCAAAUUGCACAAACGUGAUUGUCCUUUGCGUCCUAUAGUAUCAAGUAUAAACAGUCCAACCAGCAAUAUAUCUAUGUUUAUGACAGAAGUGUUAACCCAAACUUAUGAUAGAGAAAAUGAGUACUUUAUAAAAGAUACAUUCGAAUUUGCUACAUUUGUCAAUAAUUUCAGGUUAGAGGAGGAUUAUGUCCUCAUUUCUUUAGAUGUUGUCAACCUGUUUGGCAACCUAUGUGAGGAAGUUGUAGUAGAUGUCCUUAAUCAGAGAUGGGGUAGUAUUUCUAGAAACUGUGACAUUCCUAAAGAUCUAUUUUUUGAAGUUAUCAGGUUCAUACUUCGGAACAAUUAUUUCUCAUUUGACAAUCAGUAUUAUAUUCAAAUAUUUGGAUGCGCCAUGGGCUCGAAAAUCAGCCCAAUAUUGGCUCAGUAUGUCAUGGAUCAUGCAUUAGAUAUGUGUGUUCCAAAGUUGAGACACAAAAUCGCCUUCAUCAAAAAAUUUGUUGAUGAUCUUAUUGUAGCCUUGCACAAACAAGACGUUGAAAUUAUAUUGGAACAGUUCAAUAGUUACAAUCCGCAUAUACAGUUUACAAUAGAGUUUGAGGACGAAAAUAAUUCUAAAAUAGAGAAAUACAUGAACCCAUCACCUAGCAGCGGAAGGCGAAGUCUAGCAGACUGCUAUUCACACUCAACCCUCCCCAAACCGGCAAUGAGCUAG